AUGCCCAAACUCGCGGAGAUCAACGGCCCGCGGGAUGACUUCCUCAUGCGCUUCCUAGGCGAAACUGUCACCACGGGCAAACAGACGCACGCGCAGAACUCCGAUCAAAAUCAGGUUUACCAGACCCUGGCCCGGGCCCUCGUACUGGCUUUCGGCGUUGACGACCCUCUACACAACGACCGCCCGGAUGAGCGCUUCUACGACAUCGCCUUCAACGCGAUCCCCUCGGCUGCCGACAUGCCGGACCUUCCCCCCGAUCAAGAGAAAAAGCGGGACGCUGUCAUCGCCGAGCUUGUUGAUACCGUGAAGAACUUCUACAAGCGCAAGCGCCACCAGACCAGAGCCGGCGGUAAGCAAGCGCUUCUCGAUAUGAAGCAUAUUCAGCGCGUCGUCGACGCUUUCGCGCCCGCGCCGCUGCCUCCGAAGGACCUGGACGUUUAUCAAAAGUAUUUCAAGAACCGCUUCCUGUCAGCAUUUGAAGAGGUCUGGAAGGAGAAGGAAAAGGCUGCGGAGGGAAAUGAAACGUUACUGGCGCAGCUGCGCCGAACUCAAGGCGGACAGGAGCGAGCGUUUGCAGCGGAGAGACUGGGAAAGGAGACGCCACAGACGAAGCAGGAGGUGGCGAAAAAAAAGGAGGAGCUGCACGCGCAAAGACUGAAGGAUUAUCGAAAGCUGUGGGGAGCCCCGCUUGACAAGCCCGUGAAUUCGCGCGCGUGGAUCAUGCCCGAAGCUAGCGCCUUCUUGCAGGCAUUCUUAUCGUGGUUCGCGACACGGUACGGUGUCGCCUUAGUGCUGAAUAUCGCGGGUGGCAAGGACAACAGUCUGCCAGAGGCGUACAGCUUGUUCGCAGCGGGGCAAUGCAAGCCUGGAGCAGCACCAUUGGAGGACUACGUCGCACACACCACUGCGGAGACGAAAGUGACAAUGUGUCAAUUCGUGCGCGACCUGAUGACCGGUCAGUUCGCCACCACGCAACCGUUGCCGUUGCCGGACGCCCACAAGGAGGAGGAGGACGACGCUAUUUCCUCAACGCUUGCAAAGGAGUUAGAGCUGAAUCCCAUGCGGCUAAUCGGGAAGGACGAGGCUGGGGAAUGGCAAGUCGGGGGCGGGGAUGACGUCGGGAAUAUGAUCAAUGCCUCCGGCGGCGGGCAGUCAGAAGGCCGGUUUGUCGGCAAUGGCAAGGCCGCGGAUACGGGUUUACUGAGCUCGCACAAUGAUUCGGGGAGCACUCGGCGCGGUGACGGAAACGAGACACAGGACAUGGCAGUCAUUCCGGGUACUGCACGCAAUACUUCUACCACUAUGCGUACGAGCGUCAAAGGGAAGGAGGUGGACAGGAGUCGGAUGGUACAGGCAUGGGUGACGGGCAGCGGGGGAGAGGAAGCGGGUAACCCUUCAGCGUCUGGUCCUGUCCUCGGGGGUCGCGAAUGGGAUGGCAACAUCUCCGACGGGUCCGUAGGGAGCGAAGGACAACUCCGGCGGCGCGCGGGGCAAGAGACGCGGAAACCGCCAGGUUCCCCUGAAAUACUCGGCCUCAGUCAAACGAGCGUGUAUCGAAGGGUUCCCGGAGAAGCACCAGGGACGGAAGCUGCAGACGACGACGAAGAGUUUGCGCAGGCGUUAUGGACCAAUAUCGCAGACGCAUUCGCCAACAUCGAGGAUGGCGCGGACGGCCACCCUGUCGAUCGUGAGCGGACGUUGUCGCUUCCGCCGCGCACGUCCACGCCGGAGACAAGUAGUUCGGUCUACGCAGCUCGGCGCGCAGCUUUGAGCCAGACUCCAAGCAUCCAAUCGGAUUUCGACGUAACGCCGAACGUCACCAGGACCAGGCAGGGCUCAGAGCGUAGCGCCCCGCCUAGCGAAGGUCCUGACGAUAGUGACAUCGAGAUGGCCGACGCGUACGUUAGUGGGCUAUGGAAGGACAGGCGUCAAGCAAAAACGAAGCAAAAGGCACCGCGCAAGCUUUUACUCGGCGCGAUCAAGCGCUCGCGUGUGGGAGAAAGCCGCAAGAUACAGAAGCUCCCGCCGAAGAUUGGCGACAAGCAACCUACAGGGGCGGAGACAUCCUCGAAGCCUGCGGAGGCGCCCGCGCUGCCAGCGAAGAGCAUCGGGGCCUCGUCGGAGGGUUCCGGCCAGCGCGGACGUGCGAUACAGCGGAUGCGUGCACAGACAGCUGGUGAUGGAGGCCGUACGGUCUUCUCUCGGUCGCCGGUGGCCCGGAAGAAGCGGACACGCAGAGUUUCGUCGCCCGAGGAGAUCGACAGGAUCAGCAAUGAUGGCGAUGGAGACGGCGAGACCCAAAUGGGACCGGUUGGGGGGUCAACUGGUUUGAUGGAUGUCGACGACGAGGAGCAGAGGACGCAGACCUGGAUUGCCGAGCAUGGCGUUGAAGGCUGCAAUUCUGAGGGUGAAGGAGCGUGGCGGACAUACUUGAGCAAAUCCGUCGGCAUGCCCCGCCGUUCAAGGAUCGCCAGUGCGAUACUUGACUUGCCACCCGCCAUGCGUCCAGUAUACGCUGAUCUUGUCGACACUAUGGAGGCGUUGCUGAAGGGUGAUAAGGUUUGGGAUAUUGGGGCGGGCGGGCAACUCGAUAAUCGCAAGCGGCCGAUGCUAGUCUCAGCGAUUACCACCAAGCGUGGCGCUCAUCUACCCGAAGGAGUUCCGGACGGUUGGGGCAGCGGGAUGAUCGCGUGGUGGCGGAGUCUACAGCCAACACAGCGUGGCGCCGAACAAGCAGUGAGGGAUUUGGCGCCACCGUCGAUGGAGAUGGGAUGGGGAACCCUCGGCGAGGCGUCUGGAUACAAGGGCCCAUUCCUCUUGGUUUGGUGCAUGAUGUACUGGGCACAGAACGGCAACGACAUGGACGGUUGGAGGAUAGUGGCGGAGGAUAUGAUUUCGGUCUUCAAGGUUUUAUUGACCGUUCGCGGAGGGCGAUCACGCGAAGCGGAAACGCAACAAGCAGCGGGAGAGGUGUCGCAGGGGGAGAGAGCGCGGAAGAGAGUGCGUACGGCGAAGGACUCUGGGAAGGACGCAGGAGACAUGGCUCCUACAGGGGACAUCGCUCAGGGGAAAAAGAGCAGCAGGAACGCGGGACGUUCCAGGCGCUAA